AGCCCUUUUGGAGGACGGCAGCUGAACUCGCUCGCUGCCCAGUGCCGGUGGAUCACCGUUUUGAGAGGCUCUGUGGAGCGUAGCCGCAGUGCCUCAGCUCUCCAUCAGCCGUCCUGCAGGCUGCCCCCAAUUCUGGGGCCAACAGGGGAACAAAGGAGCAGACCCUAAAGACCAGUGUGAAAGUUUACCUUGGAAAAGGGGCUACUGGGUUUGGGAGGAAGGAGACUUCUUGCUUCUUGCUCUGCUCGGUCCAUCCUGGCAAACACCAGGGUAUUUGAAAGGCUGAAGAAGACCCUGAUUCAAUGCAAUACCAUCCAGCCUAAUAGGAGUUCAGAUAGAUACACUCAGUGGACUGGAGUCCUUCCCGGGAGAGCUGGUGCAAUGCAGGAUGGUGGCAGCAGGGUCCAGAGUAUUAAAAAUGACGGGAUGAGCUGGCUGAGCAAACAGCCCUACAGCAGUACUCGCUCCAACACGCUGCUGCUCAGACUCCUGCCGUGCUCCAGUGCUGCUGCUCGGGGUCACCUCCCCGCUUGCUGGUAUGGCUGUGCUUGCCCUUCACCUCUUCCGUGCUUUCCACGCCAUUUUCACGUUAUUCCUUGCCCUUGCAGAUAAGGAGGACGUACGUGCCCAGCUGGAGGUCAGCACUGACUGAGGCUGGGAGCCAGGAUUGCUCCUCCUGGCACGCUGGUGCUCCCCAUGCAUGCUGCUUCAGCCAGCCCCAAAGUCACCUCCAGAAGAAAGAAGGAGAUGGGUUGGAGUAAAAUGGGUCUCUCGUCUGCUGAAGUGGUGGAUCUUCUCUGCUCUCAGCAAUAAUUCUCACGUCCCAAGUGGGCUUUGCUUGUCCCACAUCUCUUCUGGCUGUCCCUUACUCUCCUACCCCCCAAAAGUCCUCAUUUACCUUGUUUGCCUCUGCGGGCUCCACACUGUCUGCGUGAAUGCCUCUGUAGGGUGGCUAGAAGCCCUGAAAAACCCAACACAGUCCCCUUCCUUCAUGCCAUGGUAGUGAAAUAAACCCUUUUCUUCUACCCACAACCCAGCUGGCUGGUGCUCAGCUUCUAAUAGCAUCCAUGGAACCCAGAGUUGGUGCCCCUGGCAUGCCAGGAAAGCCUGUAGCAGGGAGGCUUGGCUUUUUCUGGGGUUUGGGGGCUCCUCCAUCUCACCCCCAUGCAUCCUUUCUGCUGGUCCAAUGCUCCUGCUGUGCUCCCAGUGCCACUGUGGCAGAGCCGUGCCUGCGACGUGUGAGCUGCUCACAGGGGUGCUGCUCUUCUCCGCAAUGCCCAUCAGUGUUUGAUGGCACAAACAUUUAAAACUGCAGAGGGAAAGUGCACUCAGCCCCCCCAGACGGUUUGUACGUGACACCGCCCUUCUCCCAUGACACAAAGAGCUCAGACCCCGGGGCCAAGAGCAGCACUGGAAAUUUGGUCCUCGGACACAGUGCCUGCACACUCGGUACAGCAAGGCCCUCCUGGCCACUGGCGGAUGAUGAGCUCAAAUUGUGGAGCAGAUUUACAUGGAAAAGCAGAUUGGCUUUAACUUUUAGGAUUCUUUUUUGUCCUGGUUAGCAGAAGACUAGUAAGUUUUUCUGUAGCUAAAAAGCUCUACGUUUUUCUUCUCUGCACCCCAGAUGACAAGCUAUGUGUAUGCCCCAACAGGCUCUGUCCUGACAUCCCCAGGAAUAUUUGGCAAGUGUAAGAGGGACCACAGCAAACUGCCUGGAGUGACUUACAGUGGAUGUUUCAGUGGAAACUGGGAAGGAAGCAAUGAGCAAAAUCUCCACAGCACUUAAUGUGGCUGAGAUGCAUUUCUAUCGCUCUGGGUCCCACAGGAUUGUGUGUGGUUGUGACUUUUUCCAGCAGCAGCAGCGGUUAACAAUCUCCUAUGACAGUCCAGCACCUGCCUUUUGGCACUACUCAGUGCAUUUAUUUCUGCAAGCGGGGGCUCCCACCCAAAUGCUGCCUUCAUCCAAAUGCUUAGUGAGGGGGGGCUCUGCCGGACGAGAUCAGCCAGAGCGGUCAGGCGGCUCAUCGUGUCCCUGCAGUAGCUGGGGCAGAGACGCAGUGCGAGUGCAAGCCCCAGGCACCCACCACGCCGUGGGGAGGCUGCGCCCGGCAGCCUGGGCUGAGCCCCGGGGGUUUGGAGCAUGGGCAUCUGGCUCUGGCACUCAGAGGAUGAGCUAGUGCGUGGGGACAUGGGCUUUUCAGGUGUGAAACGGGAACCAGCUUGUCCCAAAGGCUUGUGAGACUUCACCAAGCUGCCAAACCAGGGUGCCAGCCAGGAAUUAGUAGCAGGUCCUCCUCUGUCCCCCUGGGAAGGACUCCCACCUGGUUUCAAGUUCAGUUGGAAACAUUUCCCAGUCUCCAGAGAAGUACAUCAGCCCGUCUGCCCGGCCGGCACACAUCUGCUCAGUGGAUAGGACUUUAUCUGCCUUGUCAUGGAGCGGGCACAGCUGCCAGCCAGGUGGUCUUUUAGUGCACCUUAACCAGACCAGAGAAAAGGUGACGCUUGUUGCUCAGUGACUUUUGCAGGAGAGCCGCUCAGCUCCUCUUCCCUGACCCCAUGGCAUUUGGUUCCUUUGCUCCAGCCUCUGCUCCACUUCUGUGACUGCAGCCUUCUCCAUCCAACUGAGAGGGAAAUUAUGUGUGCAAGAGGAGUCAGGGCUCCCUUCCCGGCACACCGCUCACAUUGCUAGCACUCCCGCGCCUGCCGCACGCUCAGCCACAUGCUCGAGGAUGCUGCACCUGAAAGUCCAGUUUCUGGAUGACUCCCAGAAGAUCUUUGUAGUUGAUCAAAAAUCCUGUGGAAAAGGGCUGUUCAACCUCACCUGCAGCCACCUCAACCUCGUGGAGAAGGAGUACUUCGGGCUGGAGUUUCGCAGCCAGGCUGGGAACCACGUCUGGUUGGAACCACUAAAACCCAUAACAAAGCAAGUCAAAAAUCCUAAGGAGGUUCUUUUCAAAUUUAUGGUGAAAUUUUUCCCAGUGGACCCCGGCCAUCUGAGAGAAGAGCUGACCAGGUACCUCUUCACCCUCCAGAUCAAGAAGGACCUGGCGCUGGGGCGGCUGCCCUGCAGCGACAAGAGCGCAGCGCUGCUCGUCUCCCACCUGCUGCAGUCCGAGCUGGGCGACUUCCACAAGGAGACGGACCAGCAGCACCUGGCGACCCACAGGUACCUGCCCAACCAGGAGUACCUGGACAACAAGAUCAUGCACUACCACCGGAGACACAGCGGGAAGAUGCCGGCCGAGUCGGAUGUUCAGCUGCUGGACGUGGCCAGGAAGCUGGAGAUGUACGGGAUUCGCCCGCACCCCGCCAGCGAUGGCGAGGGGAUGCAGAUCAACCUGGCCGUGACACACAUGGGGGUGCUGGUCCUGCGGGGCAAUACAAAGAUCAACACAUUCAACUGGUCCAAAAUUCGCAAACUGAGUUUCAAGAGGAAGCAUUUUCUCAUCAAGCUCCAUGCAAACAUCUCUGCACUGUGCAAGGACACGCUGGAGUUCACCAUGGCAAGCCGGGACGCCUGCAAGGCUUUCUGGAAGACGUGCGUGGAGUACCAUGCCUUCUUCAGGCUGUCUGAAGAGCCCAAGUCAAAGCCCAAAGCCCUUCUGUGCAGCAAGGGCUCCAGUUUUCGCUACAGCGGGAGGACACAGCGGCAGCUGCUGGAGCAUGGGAGGAAGGCGAAGAUGAAGAGCCUGCCCUUCGAGAGGAAGCACUACGCAUCCCGCUAUGACGAGAGGCAGUGCCGCUCCUCCCCGGACCUCCUGACGGAUGUCUCCAAGCAGGUGGAGGAGCUGCGCCUGGCCUAUGGCGGCCGGGGCCCCUACCACGCCAACGGGGUGCACGCCUCUGAGCCCACGCUGGAUAGCCGGCGCCGGAGCUCCGCCGUGGAGGUGACGUUCGCCGCCGAGCUGGAGCGCUCCAAGCCCGAAGCAUCCCCCUCCUUCCUGCCCCACUCCAAAAGCUCGUCUGCUUUCCCCCUGCUCUACGCCGAGCUGGAGCUGGAGCGAGCAUGGGAAGCCGCCGACCUCUUCGGUGCCAGGAACCCCUUGACCUCCUUUCGGCCCCACCAGUUCGCCGGGAACAGUAAAAGCCCCUCGGUGGGCAACAUACGGGAGGUGAGCACCCGGCCGCUGGUGUACACGGACGUGCCGUGUCCCCCGCCCAUGGCCGCCCCGGCCCCGCAGGUCCUCUUCUACCUGGACAGGCCCCCGCAGCCCCCGUGCCACGCACCGGUACCCGGCGAGGACACAGCCAGUGGCCGCAGCCCCGCGGCUGCAAAACCCCUCAGGCGGAGCCCGAGCGGGACCCGGGCCGGGGAGUUUCAUCGCAAGGCUGCGUGUGUGGCAGCGGGCGCAAGUGUGGGCCCAGCAGGGGAGAGCAGGUUGCUGGCUCGCUCCUUCGAUUACGGCCUUCAGGAGCAGCCUCCCAAGCGAUCUUGGAGCCAGUCGGACAUGAAAACCAUCCGCUUCCCCUACGGCUCGGAGUUCAGGCCCCUGGGCCCGUGCCCUGCACUGAGCAGCCGGAAAGCGGGCAUCUUUCGGCACGUGCCAGCCCAGCAAGGGCUGGCACCGGGGCUGCGGCGUUCCGCCGAGCGCUACGUGGGCAGCAGCACUGAGUCCAGCGACUCCGACUCCGACCUCCUGGCUGCCGACUACUGCUCCCUGUACGGCCGGGUGCUGCGGUCGCCCAUGGCCCGGGUGCGGCUGUCCUCUGGCAGCCUCCAGCUGGAUGAAGAAGAUGAGGAGGUGUCCUUUGCCACGGGUGCCGCUGAAGAGAGGACUUCCAGGGUGGCCUCCAGGUAUUUCACCUAGGUGCCUGACACUGGCCAGAGGGAGCAGAGGUGGCUGGCACUGACCCGGGGCCGCAGAAGGGUGACGCUUUUGCUUGCAGGGCUGCUAACUGCUUGCGAAACAUUGAUGGACUUGUGUUGCGCGAGUGCUCUUAGCUAUAGAGGGUGUGUUAAUGGACAACAAGGCAGCGUUCAGAAGAAGUACCCAUC